AGCCACAUCUCUUCAUCACACCGUCUGUUCUGCGUUCUCUCCUCCUUGCUUGCUUGAUCUCAUUCUCCUUUAUUUAUUCCCCCCCACCUUUGUUUUUCUACAUACUCGACAUGCUCCAAACGUGAAGUCCGCCAACUUCCAGCAGCCUCGGUGGAUGCAGACAGAGUGAGGGAGAGAGCAGUCAGAUGCUCUAACCAGGAAUAAACCGGAGCGAGAAAACAGCACGCAGGUUCACCUCCUUCAUUGAGUGCCUUGAACGGAGCAACAGUAUGGAUCUGUCAUUCAUGGCCGCGCAGAUCCCUGUUAUGACAGGAGCCUUCAUGGACUCCUCGCCCAACGACGACUACAGCGGCGAGCACUCGCUCUUCAACUCCUCGGCCAGCGUCAACGCCGCCGCCUCGGCGGCUUCGGUUCACGGCCAGCAGGACGAACAGCAGUCCAUGUCAAGCGAUGCCAUUUGGCUCUGGAUCGCCAUCAUUGCCACUAUUGGAAACAUUGUGGUGGUGGGCAUUGUCUACGCGUGCACUUUCUGAUAGACAUGCUUACAGAGACAAACUGCACAUUCAAACAUCCUGCAUCCAUUUUUAUUUUUUUUUAUUUGGGAUGACUGAAAACCAGGAUGAAGUUCUGCAGACAGAUACAUGUCCUCUCUAGCUCUCUCUCUCUCUGUAUCUCAGUUUAUUCCUCUCCCUCUCACUUGGGUACCGUGUCAGUUUGGGGCCCCCGAGGGGGUCUAAUUUCUGAUACUUACUAUGACAUAUAGACUCCCAUAUUUCUUCAUCAAAGGGAAAGACUGACAUUUGGCUGCAUUUGUCAUGGAUAAGCACUUUUGAAUGCUGCAGCUGAAAGUUUGAGAAGAAGCUUGCGGGCAUGACAGCCCUUUAGUCGAACACAGAUAUAAAAAUAAACAAACUGCAAUUCCAUCCUUUAAUCUAAGGAAACUUUUAUUUAGGUUAAGUUUAUUUUCCUGUUUCCUCUCUUGACAACAUCUUCACUUGAUAGCCUACGUAGAAAGGAGAAUUACACCAGACUUAAGGUGUGGCCUGAACCAGGUCUGCGUAAACAUCCACCACAUAGUUGGAGAGCAAUUUAGGGCAGAGCUGCUUCAUUAUUCUGCAGAGGGUGAAUGUUCAAAUAUUUAGAAUGUACCGGUAUUGUUUUCGUACUUGGUGGAGCUGAAGCCCGGGACAUUGGAGCUCAUUUUUGUACCUGAACCAUUGUACGGAUACUUAUUGUCUGUGAAUAAAGUCUGUCUCUGAGAAGUCUUACCAGCAGGAAAAAAAUCAAAAAUAAAAGGGGUCUGGACAAAAAAAAAACUUCACUUAGCUACCUUAAAAUUCUCAUAGAUGAUAUUUCCAGCACUGCCACCUACGUUACAUAAGCAUGGAUUCAUUUAUGAUCAUC